GAUGUAGAAAUGGAGGGGUAAAUAUUGUUAGGUAAAAGUUAGCUCCCGCUUUAAAUAUAAUAAUCCAGACGCUCAAUUGUCUCACCUUCUCCGAUCCGAUCGAUAGUGAAACAGUUCCCAAUUCUCCGAUUGACAAUCACAGAAAAUUUUGUCCGUUCAGUGCGAGAAUCUGAUCACUGAGGUUAAAACUCUUCCGUGGUAAGAGUAGCUUGUGUGGGGACCAACAUGGUUUACCACUCCAGUUUUGUUGAUGAUGAAGGAAUUACCAAAGCGUGUGGCUGCCCUCUUCUUCCUUUAAAAAGCCAUAUAAAGGGUCCUGCUCCAGUUUCCGAUCAAGAAAGAACGGAUAUUGUUGAUGAAGCAAUCACAUUCUUUCGCGCCAAUGUCUUCUUCAGAAACUUUGAUAUCAAAAGCUCAGCAGAUAAACUACUUAUCUAUCUGACAUUCUAUAUCAAUGUGGCUUUGAAGAGGCUCGAGGGCUGCAGAACUUUGGCUGAAGGUACCAAGGCAAUUAUUAACUUGGGUCUGGAAAAGGUUCCUGUUCCUGGAGAAUCAGGUUUUCCCUUUCCAGGCCUCUUUGUGCCUCCUCAAUCGCAGAAAGAAGCAGAGUUAUUAAGGAAUUAUCUGAAGCAGAUACGGGAGGAAACCAGUGGGAGACUACUGAGCGUUGCAUACAGACCCAAUGGGACUCCAAAUAAAUGGUGGUUGGCAUUUGCUAAGAGAAAAUUUAUGAACAUCAUUGUUCCUUAAACUGUUUAUUGUUCCUUAAAAGUUAAAACUGUUUAUUAUAAAAGUCCGUUCAAAGAAAACACCGUUUUAGCAGCCUGAUGGAUUUGACUGCUAGUAGCUGUAAACAUUUUCUGCCUCAAAUAAUCUGUAAACUGUAAUAACAUAGCCUGAAGAGUGAAUGAGGAAAGCAUUAUUGCUUGUUUAGAAGGCCAAAGAAGAGAGGACAUUUACUUGUUUGUGUUGAUAUCUGAACACUGGGCACAACUUUGCCACAUGUGAAGUAUAUUAUUUUCAGUUGAUUGAACUAUAA